AUGUUGAGAAUCGCAUAAGUGCUGGUCGGCAGACUUAUGAUUUUCGAUGCAAUAAAGCAAGCAAAUGUCAGGAAACUAGGACUAAUAAGCACAGCAUUAAUGAUGACUUCCAGUUACUUUGGCUACUUCAGCUACUACGCAGAUCCUUAUAUAGCAUACAAAUUUUAUGGGUGGGUAGGCUUAACUACGUUUAUGACAACAAUGCAGUUAGGAAGAAUGAUUUAAACUCGUUCUUCAAUUACCAGACUAUAUUUGAUGCAAAAUGGAAUUGUAGCCAGAGUUGAGACUGCCAAAGGUGAAAUUGUUGAUGUUCCUCUUUCCUCAAUAGAAAUUAAGAAGGUUGAUUCAGUCAUGAAGUAUCUCAGAGUGCAUAUUAAUCAUAAGGAAUAUUUCAUCAAAAUUAUGGAUUCUGAUUAUUUCGAUCCAGAGUUACUUUUUGCAGUAAUCCAUAAAGAUGUUUAGAAAAUUGAUUUGUGA